UCCAAAAAUGGAAAAUACAACCUUUUUUUAAAAGAUACAAAAAGUGCUCAAAUGUGCAUAAAGGUAGCAUAUCUCAAAUUCCAAGCUGAGGAAGUCAAAACACUUACAUAUAUAUUUUUUAUACCCCAAAGCACCAGUUUGUCGAAGAAGUUGAGAGUGGUUGUAUACCAAAAAAAAAAAAAACUCUAUUGACAGACUUGAUGCAACACAACAGCAUUUUGUCCUCAAAGAUUGCCCUCACUUUACUGAUGGGAAAGGUAGACGAACUGAAUGGUUGUUGUGUUCAAAAGAAUUUGUAUUGAUGGACAUUUUUAUGACAACAAAUGGGAGACAGGCAAAUCAAGGAUGAUACGAUGCAUCACCUGAGCUUCUUGUCCUCGAAGGCCACUAUUGUUUUUCUGACAGGUGAGGUGAGCAAGGGGGGAUUUCCUAUCUAUAUGCUAAAAAUGACAAUUUUUACCUUAAGGGAUUUUUGUGAGGAAGCUGGGUGAUGGGGUUAGUAGGGAUACGGUUCAACUUACCCUGCUCCUAUGGUCAACUUACCCCAUACACGGGGUAAGUUGACCAUAGGAGACCACUUUAUUUUUUUGGCAUGCUAUAUUAUCAAGACAAUUAUGUUUACACUCAUUCUGUUGGUUUGCAGGGAUGAGCAACAUCUUGAAAUAUACACUAGUUAGACACAAAACUAUGAUUGCCUUGAUGUAGUGAUCCGAAAUGUUAAAAAUGUCUCAUCUUACCCCACUCUCCCCUACUCAAGUGGGUACAUUUUAAGUUGAAACUUGUUUUACUACUUUGACAUUCAAUGUGUUUGCUUGAAAAUGUUCAGAAUUCCUCAUCUAAGGCCGUUUUUUGUAUCCUUUCAAUGGCAACACACCAUUAAGUGUCUAGCUUUUUAGUUUGGACCCAUCAUACAGAGGAUCCACAAACUGUCUGAGGUGUGUUUGAAUCACUCCAGCAGAUGUCAGUAUAGUCCUCGCAAAAUAGGGCUGCAGUUGAGCAGAAACUGUUGUACUUAUCUGCAAACAUAAAGCUAAAAACGUCCUUUUAGUCCGUGUGGAGCGUAUGAAACCGUUUUAUAUUACAAAACUAUUAACUGCAACGGCUGAAAUGUGUAGCCUUUAUGAUAAUAUUAUAAAAAAUUAAGUUCAACACAAGUAAAAUAUCUAUAAUUUAUGUGAUUUGUUUCGCCAGUGCGGUGUUUUUAUUUCAGUUUAACCAUGUAAUGAGAGUUUAUAUUCAAAAAAAGAGUGUCAUGUUUAGCCGUUUUUAGUAGCUAGCUUGAGUAGCAGCAACGGUUGCUCUUGUGUCUCCAGGGACGACGUGAAGGCGACGCACGCUCACGCGCUCAAACACACAUACACACACAUACAGGAACACCAACGUACAGCAGCAGCAGCAGACGCAGCGAAGUAAAGUCAGACGACAGGGAAGUGGACGUAGCAGGUGGGCUCCUCCUGGUGUCACCCAUACCCUCUUGUUUGUUCCCAUGUACACGUCGCUAACCUGCUGCCGAGCGGAAACACAGAGAAGGGAGAAACGGCGGAGCGUCGACGCGGUUUGAAGGACAGAAAAACGGCAGACUAACCGGGCAACGGCUGACAGAGAGAGGCAGAAGACGCUGGUUUAGCGGUAGAAAGGUGUCCUGUAGGUGUUAAGUGAGAGCUGAAGAGCUUCAGGUGUGUUUUGAGGAGGAGGUAGCAUGCAGGUAGGGGCAGUGAGGAGGAUGGUGCAGUGUCCUGUCUGCUGUUGACGCUCCUUUUUAGCCUCCAGUCGGACCAAAAGUGACCAUGAAGGACACAGGGGAGUCAAAGGACCACCAACUAACCGUAAGUUGAACAAGUAUACCUUCCUCUAAAUUUCACUGUUUACCACUGUGUUUGCUGAAAUGCUAAAUAAAUUAAAUGUGAACGUUUUCAAUCAUUUGGGACAACUUUUUUCAGUUGACACCAGGGUACAAAACUAAAAAUCUGCUGCAAAGUGCACACUAAGUGGUCAAUAAGAAUGCAGCCUCAUUAAGUUAAAUACAACAGUUUUUCUGACCUGAUACUCUCUCUGUUGUUUUUCCUUAGUAUGCAUGCUGAAAGGAUACACUCAUUGGUGUUAAUGUAAAUGUUCAAGGCAGAGCUCCUCUGAGUAAAGGGCAGUUUAGUGCUGAAUCAACAACCAACAUGCAACCUGUCUGAUCACAAUGUCAUUUAUUGUUUCCUGAUGAGUGUUUUUGUUUGUUUUAAAUGGCCAUAUGCAUAUUCUAUAACCCGACAGCAUGCACUAAAAGUAUUUCACUGCAUGUAUGAUUUCUCAGCCUUACACUACCUGCACUGCCGCAGCUUAUAUCUGAAUAAUUAAAGUGGCUGUUUCAGUUGCCUGGCCUCUCUCUUGUCCAGCAUGUAAUACACUUUCUACAGGGUGUUGACAGAGAGAGUGACUUAUUAAUUCCCACUGAACACUGAGCAUCUUUAUGUUAUUGUUAUUGUUUCAAUACCCAUGCUGCAAUGGAUUCAACUCAUGUGUACAGUUGUUUUCCCAUAUGACUCCCCUGUUUAUCUAAUUUUACUCUUAUGAAAAGCUGAUGCCUGUUUGACCGAGUUUCUACCAAACAUUUUGAAAACUACCUGCAAAACACACUCAGCAAAGCAGUUUGAGGUUAAAAAUCAGUACUUUUCACCGGGAUAUAACGAGGGGCUGCUACAUUCUUCAACACAGGCUGCCUUUGAGGGGGGCUGCGAGCUGAGCUGCCAUUAACAUCUAUACAAUUGCUGUCAAGCUACCAGUUUUUCUCAAUGGCUCCUGAUCUUGAAGUUAAUUUUUAUGCGAUAUGCUAUUUGAUCUUUCCAUCACAGAAAAUUCAAGUUUAUUUUUAUAAUUUAAACAGAUUUACGCACAUUCCCAUUCACGUAUUUCUACCACCAAGCCGAAGUUGAGCUCAUAAAUUUGUUUGAUACUCAGUGCUCAUUAGGGCGGCAUAAUUCACCCCAAACCUACAGGUGUUGGGUUUUAGAUUUGAGAUGAGUGUUGUUCACGGCGCUGAAAUGUCAUCACUCUAAUUUGGCUGUCAGUUAAUGAUGAAUCAGGCUGUGAAGUGAUUAAACUGAAUGUGGGGCUGUAAAUGUUAAUCAAUCCAUUCAACCAUCUGCUUUCUUAACUCACUGUCAGGGCGAUGACGGCAUGCACUCAGAUGGUGGUAAGGGUACAUGAUAGGUUUGGAUGGAUGGAGGCAAAAGGAACGAAGAAGCAAAAAUAUAGAUAUUCUGUAAGCUUUCACUGGCAGCAGUUAAAAGUCAGUGUUUGUUUAAUCUGACUGAACAGGAAUAAAAAUCUUACAUCCUUAAUUUGGCACUACUCAUGCAUUUUUUAUUACAUCUCCAUGAAUGUGGGUCACUUCUUUAUAAAACUGUAUCAAAAUAGAAAUGAAUAUAUUGAAAAAAAAAAGAAAAAUAAUUUAGCAUCAGUUCCUGUCCUUUAAAUGCAAAGUUUAAUUUGUUUAUUAGCCUUUCAUUAAAGUUAUAACAGAAUAUCCACAUAUGAAUUGAAUCCGAGGAUGACUUCUCUGGAUCUUCGCAGGUUGCCUUGAGGAUCCGACCUCUGAGUGAUGCUGAGCUGGAGGAGGCGGCCACCAUUGUGGCCCACAGAAUGGACGACCAGGUGAGCUCCCCCCUGUGUGUCCAUCGGUAAACUGUUUACCUCAGUGCACAUACACUAUGCAUGCAUGCGAGUGAGCGAGUGAGUGAUGGGGUCAGUGUGUGUGUGCUCUUGUGGGAGAGGUCUGUUGUCUCUGUUUCAGGAGCCUCUUCCUGCCUGUCAGGAGGCUGCACAGAUAAGGUAUCUGCAGGAGACCUCGGUGGCCCUUUUUUAAAAAACAAACUCAUCUGUAAAGCUCAAAUGUCACAUUUCAUUUGUAAAAGAAUGCCAGACGACUCAGAGCUGGAACAGAAACGCUGACCUCGUCUAACCGCUCAGAAAGCGUCGCAUUUUUUCAUAAGCAGAAGGCUCAGGGCUUUGCCACUGUGAAUAGACGGGGUUUAAUUGGACGUAGGCAUUUACAAGGUUGUGUCACAGCUGAUGUCGCAGAAGUCUCAGUGAGUGAAAGUGAUAAAAAUGUCUGCUGUAUUUCAUUGAAAACAAGAAAGAAAACAGAUAAGAUAUUGAAACUGGAGUUUUGAAAGUGAAAUGUUCCAUUCUUGCCUGAUAGAGCAGUUUCUAGUGUUUUUAUUUCAUGGUGUGCUAAAUGUUUUUUGAAUCAGGACUGCAGGAAAGACAGUUUAGCACCCAGACUCUUUGUGUAGGGGCCACGGAGCUAUGCAGUUGUGAUACAUGCGAGGUCUCCCAUGAAACAUGCAUUGACUUGAUGGCAGAAUUUGACUGAAAUUUGACAGAAUAUGACUGAAUCAGCUGGUCGGCCAUGUUGGAUAUACCGGUGAAUCAGACGUCGCAACAACACGAAAUCUGAUUGGUCAGAAAUGGACACACAGUAUGCAAAACUUUAGAAAAAUCGACCGUGAUACAAAAAAAUAAAUUAAAAAAAAUACAUUUUUAAAAGAAAGAAAUUGACGUCUGAAAUAAUCGCACGAAAAAAACGCUCCCGGUGUGUAAGGACCUUUAUGCAUGUUUUUAAUGUGGUCACGUAUUCAGUAUUGUCUCAUACUGAUGUUGUGCACUGUGGAUUAUAUAGAUUUAGAUAAUGAAAAUGAUCUGCUUUUUGACGCUGACCAUUAUUUGAAAUCGUUAUCUGAAUCUAUUUGCUCCUGCGGUCUCUCACAAAUUGGUGAACAUCUUCCCACCUUUAUACUGAGAGACCAAAACUCAGUUGGAUAUGCACACAUCCACUAGAAAAGCUGAUUCUUUUUUAGUGUGAAUGAAAACAAAAGAAACAAUACAACCUGGGCUGGAUUUCUUUCUCUCUUUACGUCGAGUAUCUCUCAAUGACUGAAUGAGUUUCAUUCGGACCGAGUCUCUAAGCAGUUCUCUCUAUGAAUCGGUCCCCUUGGAGACCAUUUAGCAGGACCAGCGGUGAGAGUGUGAUGAUGAUGACGGUGGUGUAAAUGAUAAUGAGCAUCUUGACUGUGAACCUGCUGAGGUGUCUCCCCACUCGAUGUCGGUUGAUCGACGCCGGAGAAGGCACACUAGCGGCGGGCGGCUUUUUUUUUUAAUUAGCCACAAUGAAGCAGAAGAAAGUGACUGCAUAGCAACAGCUGACAUAGAAACAAAGCUUUUUUGUGUGUCUGUGCUGGAGAGGGACAAUCACACUCAUACAAAAGUGCUCACAGUCGUGUUUGGGCGCGAAGCUGAAGACAACCCUUCCCGAAUAGGUAACUCGCAGCACCGAGGGCCGACUUGUUUUUCUGUCUUCUUAUAAGUAAUUCAAUUACACCCUGUCUUCAGGACAACAUCAGCACUUCUGUCUGCCAUGACAUCAUUAAAGCAGGCUUGGACACAGGGGAUUAGAGCACAGAGGCAAGCAGGUAGAAAUGUUGCUGACACAGCCACCAUAACAAGGCUUUGUUAUUCUCCUCGCUGAAUCAAACUAAGGCCACAAAGACGAUGUUUUCGCUUUUGUGUUUCACAUCCAACUUAACCCACAGUUUGUUUAUUUCAGCCCUUAAAAGCCCGGUUUAUAUUUCGUCACGUCUUCAGAGAGCAGAACAAGCUGUCAAAUCUGUUGAUUGAGGUUGUUUAAGGUCCGCUCAGACACAUCCACAGUGCAGGAUUAGCAGGGCUUACAAUACACACUUGUUAUUCAGACAGUAGGACAGGGGGAAUCUGUUUACCCUUGUCUUGAGACAUACUUACAUGAGGUUGCCCUUACAUGAGAGCGGGGGAUAAAGUAGGGUUUGUCACAUCAACACAAGGAUGCGAUUAUAAAGCACGGCAUGACCGAAUCAGUCAAACUGUGAAAGGCACUACUUCUCUGGCCUUCUCACAAGUCACACACAAGUAAGAGAGACACUGAUGCUGAGAGCUUUCUUUGAGAAUUGACUGAAAACCAGAAGCACCCAGUUUUUUUGUCCUGACUGUGAACGACCUGAAACAAGUUAAUAUUUUGAAGAUCUUGGUAUUUGAACUUUUCUUACUCAUGGGCAGAAAUGGAAAAAAGAUAUUUGUGAUGUUCAAUACCAUGUUUUCCAUCCUUAUACUGAUAAAAUGCUGGUAAAUGAGCUGCUACUGGUGUCAUCAUCAUCAUUUAAGGGGCUAACUGAUGAUGCAACUGAUCAACCAGCCGUUUAUCAAACGUUUCAGGCAGUUAAUUGGCGAAUGCUAAUACAAGUAUUGGUAGCAGUUCUGGUAUCCCCAUCCAAAUUAGUAUCAGCACUGGUAUCUGUAAUUAUACAAGUGUCAGCACUGGUAUUUGUAUGCAAACUAGUAUCGACACUGGUGUCAUUUCUUAUACUGGCGCCUCUUUAUCCCUUCUGGUAUUUGUAAUUACAUUCAUAUCGGCACUAGUAUCAGUAUUUAUACCAGAGUCAGUACUAGUAUUUGUAUAUAUGAGUGUGACAGCAGUAUUAGCUCUGUUUUGGGUAUAGGGGUUCUGAUUUUCGUAGUAUCAGUACUGGCAUCUGUAUUUACAGCAAUAUUGGCACUGAUAUCUGUAACUAUAGACGGGGCAGUAUUGGUAUUUUAAUCUAUUUCAGUAGUGGCUCUAGUAUCUAUAUUAAUCACUAUACUGGUAUCUCUAUUUAAAGCCGUAUGUUUAUUAUUGGUAUCUGUUAUUAAAGCAGUGUCAUUACUAGACUUUGUAUAUCGGUAUGGGCACUUGUGUGUUUUUUAUAGCAGUAUCGGUUGUAGUAUCUGUUUAUCAGUUCUUAUAUUUGUAUUUACAUUACUACAAGCACUACUUUCUGUAAUUAUAGCAGAGUCUGUACAAGUAAAUGAAUGGAUAUACUGCAAGUGCCAUAGUAAUGGAUAACUGUAUCAGUUCUGAUAUAGAUAUAUUGACAAUAUAUCAAUAUAGGUGGCGUAGCUGUACCUGUAUUCGUAGCAAUGUUUACUGUGAUAUCGGUGUUUUGGUUUUGAUGUGACUUUACCUUAGUAUUAGUACUGGUAUCUAUUCUUUAAGUAUACCGGCAGUUAUAUGUGUAUAGACAUUUGUACAUGUAUGUAUAAGACAAACUAGCUAUACUGGUUAAGAGCCAUUACUGGUACUGGUACUGAUACAGCUUCCUAGAUGUACGGGAAGAAAUAGACUCAGCGUACAAAAAUAAAAUCCCUUUCACACACUGACCUUCUACAAAUACAUGUAACAGGGCCUUUAAUACUUUGUUGUUAAAGCAGCCUGUUGUAACCAUAUGGCUGAGAGGUAGCGCUCAGACAGAUUAGCGGGACGUUGUGGGGGCUGACUUGGCUGACUGGGUGGGUGUUUGUAGAUCUUGCUCUUCUGGCAGAAAGCAGACAACUCAGAGCUGGCUAAGCCUGAGGAGAUGAGCUCAUUGGGAGGGGGUUUAGCUCAGGUUAAGCCUCCUGCCACCUGCUCUCUCCCUCUCUCUUCCCCCGGGCGGAUAGACGGUCCUGCUAGAAUCAGACAGUUCUUUUCAGUGACCACCUGUCGCAUGGUAUGAUCAAUGGACUUUUCUUGUCCUUGAGUGAGUCUUCUACUAGUCAAAGGUGUAGUGAGGUAGAUUUAUGAAUAAGAUAUGGAGAAAGUGGAUUUAUCCCACAACUGAAUAUAUAUACUUGAGAAUGGGAAAGGAGACUGAUAGUUUCGGCCUUAUUGUUGAUUGCACAGGUCAAAGAAAUCAAGAAACUGGCCUGACUGGUGUUGUCUUGGUCACUCUGGACACACGAACAAUAAACCUCACUGGGAAACCAGACUCUGUUUCGACAUGUACGGCAAAAGUAGUUUCACAACAAACCAUGGCUCCCCUUCUGACCUAAUUCUGGCUGCAGACACAAAAACACUUUCGAACUCUUGAACCAAUAAGACUCGUGUCCAUCAAAUUGGAUUUGGCGGGUUAAUAACGGGAUUUGACUUCACCUUCUAUGUUCUGAUCAGUAUCCUCAAACUCCUAUUUUAGGCUUCAUGAGUCAUCUGUUUUGCUUACCUGUACGACGCUCACCUAUCAAAAUAUUUCAAUAGACAGUAGCUGACAGCCAAACAUUAUAACCUGCCAGACUUUAUAAGCUUACCACACUCAUGGCCGUCCAAGUCACGUAACCGUUGCUUUUAACCGUGUUCAUUCUCAGGAGGAAUGAGUCAUCAGAAGAGAAGUUUUUAGAGACACAAACUGAGCUAAAGUUAGCAGCAGCUGAAGCAGCAGCCCCCCAAAGCCCCACCGGAAAAUUAAGAGAGUCACUGAUUUCAAACAUGAAACUGCUUCAUUCAGCGUUUUCACCUUUUUAAUUACCGGGGGGAGAGAUCUCUGAGCAUAUUUCAGCUUUUUAAUCAAGAAAUGAUGAAUACUUAAAGAAACCAACCCUCAACGUGGCAUGUGUGGAUCAAAAAGCAUCUCAGAGAAACACAGUCUUAAUGAAAAGAUAGUUUAUUCUGUAUUUUUACUCUUCUGUGUGAAACUGGUCUCAAGCUUUAAAUCCUUCGAGUUACAAACAGAUGGCGUUCAUUUGAGACUUUAUUUGAAAAGCAGGUGAUCUCCACAGGAGCUGCAGUGUGUUUACAUGUUUAGUUUUUCAAUCCCCUUAAAAUCUUUUUCAUUCAAGAUUCCAACUGAGCGGUUUUUGUGGACACUAAACUCAGUGAUCAAAUUAGGAAGUGUACGCACACGGACUCAUUAUUUAAUCUGAAUAAAACCAUUUUGACAUGCACGGAGUCGUUCUGCUGGUCUAAUGAGCCAACAGUAGCAGAAGAAACUGUGCCCUCCGUCUGUUCCUGUUGUUAACAAACACCCCUGUCACUGCGUCAUUGUCCGUAAUUUGAUUUAAUUAAGUUUAAUUAACAGGCCUCUACAUAACACUUGUCUUCUUGCCCCUGCACCAGCUUGUACAAUCCCCUCCUCUCUAAUGUUUGUGAGCAUAAAUGCCUGUAUUUUAAUCAAUUUAUUCGUCAGUUCUGCUUUGCCUUUGUCUAACCUCACAUUGGACAGAUAUGCACUGUAAGAAUAGUUUUAUCUCAACCACAAGGAAAUAAUCAGAUUAAAUGUUUAAAUUGCAGACAAUCUGAUUAUUAAACGGCACAAACCACCCCUCUUAAUUGGAAUAAGAUUUCUCUCUGAACAGACUGAGUGAGGGGUUUACAUUGAGUAUCUUUAUACUGAUUAAACUACUUAUCCUGAUCAUUGGUGGUCCAUGUAAACACUUCCUCUGUUGCUGGUUUUACUUUGAUACUGCUAGCAAGAAAAACUACAGAUAAAUUACCAGCUUUAACAAAGAAUUUCCACACCUAAGAUUCAUGGUAAGACAUUGGAAAUAAAGCCAUAGUUCAGAAAACGCCACUUACUAAUCUAUACGACAGGAUCUCUAAAAAGGUAAGUUGUCUUGCUGGCACAGAGGGGACGCUAAAAUUGACGUAAAAGUUUCUUACAGGAGCUUUAAAGAAAAAAUACUGGUGGUUCCAAUAAAAAAAAAGAUUUCUUUCUAUAACAGAUUUGCCUGACUUAUUAUCUGGACUAAAAUGAUAAAUUAUUUUUUUUCGCCACUAUGGCAAUGGGACAAAUAUUUUGACAUACUUUUUCAGGUGCUUGAUAUUUCUGUAUUUAAAACUCCUUUUUCAUUCUUAAUUUUGAUAUGAAAGAUUACUCUUUUUCAUCAGGUAAAAGCCAUGGUCAUCCAAAUUUAAACAAAAAUUGGCUUGAAAUAUUUCACAUGAUGCUCUCUGUAUUAAGAAAACAAGUAAGUUUACCUUUUUCAAAAAUAGGAUAAAAACAUUUCUCAAGUUGUGAUACUUUUUUGAGUUGUGCCUGUAAAAUUCAGAGCAAACCUCUAUUCAUAAACCUGUUUCUGUCUACAUCUGCUGUCCUGUCUGACCUCAGACCAGAGUGAGAGUAGCUUUGGACAGUGUUGACUGUAACAGGCUGGAGUAAAAGACCCACAGAGGUGAUAUCAUCCCUCUUUAAGAGGCUCUCAGGAACACUAUUUUUAUCCUCCGGGGAAUAAAGAUGGUCGCUCUUCCUCCUAAUUGAGACACCUGAGAGCACUAUUUUAUCUCACCACAGACUCUAUACUCAAAAGACUUUUGAUACGCAUGACACUGAAUACUUCUUAAUCCUUAAACCAUGUUAAAGAUUUAAUUCAUUUGGAUAGGUCUCCGGUUUCUCAUGUUAAAAUAAUCUUAUUUUGAGCGACACCAGGCAUGGGUUAGUCCCUGCAGUUGUCCUUUUGUAAAGAGACCGGUGCUGAGGUAAUUAUCUUGUUAGCAAUGUGUUUACAACCUGCAGGAUGCGCCUCCCUCAGCCCUUGGACUUGUUGAGCUUGUCUCCGGCAAGGCUGGCCUGUCACUGGCACACAGUGGGGAAUGCUUUAUAGUGAGGCCUGGUCUCCAUGGAGACACCUAGACAAGGUCAGGGCCAUUGUUUGUUUUUUUUUUCUUCCUCUUCUUCGGUAGUAUAGAGGAAAAAUGAAAACCAGCAAGGCAAGAAGACCCCAAUUGUUUUUCUCGUUCAUGUCGGCAGAUGAAUCGGCCGUUAUAAAUACGCUCUUUGAUGGAACAUUUGUUCAGCUCGAUUGUUGGCGAGCCCGUCGCUGCAAUUUAGGGUGAACUGGUUGUUAAGUGGCAAUAAAUAUAUCACAAAAAGAGUGAAAAAAAGUGCUUCAUGGCCGUCUUGUCGGAGAAAGGUCCUCUUGUAUGCAGAUAAUGGAGCACUUAAAGCUCCUCUUCUUAACAACAACAGGAGCUGAGAACUCCUCCUGAGCAUUCAUUCAUGCUUCACCUGAAAACACCAAAACUCUGAGCCAGGUGCGUCACACCAAACCCCAAGAGAGAAAAUGUCGACCACUGGACAAACAAGGACAUACCAGUUUACCUCCACAUUUCUUUGUAAAGGUCAAACCUUCUGGAACAAAACGCAGCAUUCAGCCCGGUCCAAGUCCAAGUCUCCUUCAUUACAGCGUGUCAUGAACGGGCAAAUUUUCUGCCUUUGUGGAGUACAAAGCAGCUCACCUCAAGGGCUCAGUGUAGGGUUUCCAGUGUUGUUCUGUCGGUGAAAACAGAUUCAGAUUGUCUUCACCUUGAAGGACCUGAAGGUAGUUAGCUUAGAGCUGCAAAACCAGCUCCUCGAAGAAAAUGAGGCACCAGAUCUCAAAACUGGCACAAGCAAGUCAGUAAAAUUAAGUUUUUGGAGCAGAUUUAAAACGUGCCACUGAUUUUGCACGAGGGGCUCUGAUUGAAAGUAAGCUCCUUUAGAUGGAACCCUCAACUUUGGAGAGACCAGAGGGGCACCACCAGAGAAUCGAAGGUUAAAGACGGCUCAUAUGGUUUUAGCAUUUCUAAGUAACUUGGGGCAAGACGUAGGGAUUAAUAAAAUCUUAAAGUUAGUUCUGAAGUGCACAGGGAGCAAGAGGAAAAACCCAACACUUCAAGGGAUAUUUCAGCGUAAAAUUAAUUUAGGGUCAAAUACACCACAACACUUUAGAGAGAUGAAUGUUGCCGACCAAUUGCUUCUCUAGUUUUACCAACUUUAGUAACGACCGCAGGACAGCAAUACACAGCGGUCUGAGGAGCCAUAAACAAACCUCAACCAAAACGCCACAAAUAAUGCUCAGAACAGCACCUAACUUCAUCAACAGUAUAUAUUGGGUCCUAGCCAUAGCACUAGCCACCAAACACCUUUUUAACUUUGCCUCAUUUCUAUAGCAAAGGGACUAAACACAACUCACCCACGCAGCUCAAGGAAGAACAUUUAUGAUCAUUUCUUUAUCAUUUUCUUGAAGUAACAAUCACCCUAAAUUAAUUUUAUGCCGGACUAUCCCUUUAAGGUUGCUACUGGCCCAAAACACCAAAACAUACUUUUAAUAAAAUAAAAAUCUUGAGCAAAAACAGCUUUUUAUUUUGAAGAGAGCUAAGAAAAGAAAAUGAAAAGGAUAUUUUUAUUAUCUCUUUGGGAACAUUGUGUUACAGCCAGCAGUUCCAAACAACACAACACAGACGGCAGAGAGGAAUAACAACAAACUGGAUUAACCAAAGAUGCAAAAAGCCGUAUCACACAGAGAUUUUAAUAAAGUCUGAUGGCAGCUGGAAUAAAAGAGUGUUACACUCUGUUUGUCCUGCAGGCAGAGAGGCAGAUGGAGGUAACAUGCACUCUCUCUGUGACUGGAACUUUUUCAGAGUGCAGAGUUUGAAUUAUUUUAGGUAAUACAUGCAUGAAAUUUCACUGCAGAGUUUGUCAACAUCCAAUAACCUUGCCCAGUGCUCAUUUUUGCCGCUUCCAGGCAAAAGCAUAAAAGAAAGUGGAGAAAUCGAUAGAAGACAAACUGAGAAUUUUGUUUUCAUUAAAAAUGCACCAAAACAGCAGUUAGCUCUGGUUAAAACUUGACUUCUCGCCUGAGGGUAAAGGAAAACAGUUCUAUGUAUCAGAAAAAUAUUAAUCAACAUGAACUGACCUGUUUUUCUAGCUGUCUUAAAAUUCCUCCACCUUCAGAUGUGCUAAACUAGGGUAAAGACUCCGUUUAAAUUCAGAGGGGGAACCUAGAAGGAGCAGACUGUGUCCAUCCAGAGUCCUUUUUUAUGAGGGUGACUGUUUGAACAGCUUCAUGGUUGUACAACAGGAGAGGGGAGAAGAAAAGCGACAGUCAGCUGAAGAUUUAACCUCCACACACAUAACCAGAGCCAGUUUUAAGACCUAGACCUAGACAACUUCUCCACAUGAUACAGAAGCAAGCAGAGUUUAUUUUAAGCCUCACAAACACAGAGAUAGACCUACUUCUGCAAAGCUAGGUUAAUAUGUCGGCAUAAAUAGGAGCGUCUGACCCCGUGGAGUGGAUUAUCUUCGCUUUCCUCAUUUUACUCAGACUCCACUUCUCCUUCACGGCAUCUGGGUGUCACUCUCUCUGAUUCCUCUUCAGCCACGCCUCCCUCCCUCCCUGAGGCUCUAUUACUGUGAGGGUUAUUAGGUGGGUCCAUGCAUGUUUGUGUGCAACCCCUUUCGAUGCCACCUGAGCUUUUCCACUCUUCAUCUGGAUGAGAGAGGGGCAGGGCGUGGCAGCUCGCCACAAGAGGCCUCUGGAGGAGACGAGAUGCUGAAGAGCCAUCCUGUUUGUUUUUUUGAGCACUACUCGAAUUAACUCUUACUUCUGAUACACAAGCCACUCACAGGUUUCUGCAGGAGCAUGUAGAAUCACAAUGAGUUUAUUAUACAGGUUUAUUGAAAAACAGCAUCACGCAACACAAACACACUGAGCAAAUCUCAACACACUAUAAACUGUUUGUCUAUCAUUUUGGCUGGGUUUUUUGUCUUUUAGUGAGUCACAAAUUUAGUUUCCAACCCUUUUUGAGUUUUGGCAGACACAACAUUCCAGUUUUGUGUCAAGUAUAACCCACCAUGCUGCCACAAAGCAAAGGGAGAGGAGCAGCAGGAGCAUGUGUGUUAGUAAAGCAGAGGGACAGAGGGAGCACGGAGAGAGGAGGGAGGCUGUAGUGAUAGUAAGAGUUAAUAAACUCAUAAUGACCAGGCUAAAAAGCGGCAAAGGUCUGUUUCUCAAGUGUCCAGAACCUUUUCGUGUUAAAAGAGGUUUUUAUAUCCAAUACGUGCGUGUAGAGGUUGCCACAUCAACGAGUUAUUGUGUUUAACGCUUGUUUUGCGUAUCAGUAUCAGGAGUACAUGUUUCUGCUUGCUCUGCAGUCAUCUAAUACCUCUUACACAAGCAGGAAGUUCAGAGCGGUUGCAGAGCCAUGGUUGGGUCUUCUUAGAAGGAACCUGGCAGGAGCCGCAGACAUGGAAUCGGUCCAUGCCACACAGCUUUAAGGUCACAAGUUGAUAUCCACAAGAUUUAGAGCAAGGUGGGAGGGCGAUGUGGACAGAAAAGGGUCGAGAGAAAACAAGGACAAAUCUAAGAGGCAGUACCGAGGACAGAUUUGCAGCGAGCGAUUAGUCACGAGUUUACACAGAAAGCAUCUCCCAUACGCUUUGUGCUCCGAGGAGUGAGGCAGGAAGUCUCUAAGGAUGUAUUCUGCACAACACUGCAGUCAAAACAGCAGGUUGUUUGUCUGCUAAGGCUCAGCCUUGAGACGGCCUUUGAGAGGAAUUAAAGCAGCAGUUAGGGCUGGAAAUGAUGGAGCUGUUUACGCACACAGGAGAGACGUCACCUCCCCAUAUCUUUGAUGAUGGAAAUAAAAGAAAUCUUUUUUAAACUCUCAUCUGUGGAUUUGAAAAUACAGGGUUUCAUAACAACAAAUCUACCCUCCUUUAAUGUCUUAUGUUGCUGCUGCUGCUAUACUUGCGUCUGUCAUUACUGGAUUGUGUUAUUUUCAUCUAUAGACGUACAGAGAACAGCCUUUUUCAACCCUGUAUGCAGUUCUACACAGAAGAAUACUCUGAAACACUAAUGGCUGCUUUGUGUUUCACAUGGACAAAACCUUCCACCCCGUUGUGUGUGCUGAAAGCAACAUGAAAAAAAAACAUGCUUAGAAUAGCUGCUGUUACCGCUGUCUUUCCAUGUGAGCCAUGUGUGAAGUUAACUUGACAUACAGCUGAAUAAAGCCUCGCACAGUUUGUUUUCUCCUUUUGGAAAAUAGCACCACUUCAGCUUGGACACAGGUUUAUUUUUCUGCCUUUAAUCUUGUGUAACAAACACUGCAGAGUUAUAUAAUUAUGAUCAAAAUCUUACUUAUAAUAACGUUCAUGUACAGUCAGCUCGGCGGGACUAUUACAGAAAAAGUAGACGCUGAGUUGAUUAUUGAGUAACGGAGCUGAUUUGGAACAGGACAGACUGCUUUCUCUGUAAUAGAGGCACAUAUGAAAAAUCUUGUAUGGAUGACUCACACUCUCAGACGGCUGGAUCAGCUUCAUAAACAGAGAAAUUCUCAAAUUUAAAACUUAUUUAUUAGUUUAUACAAUCUUUUUCCUCAGUGGGUGCUCCAAAACAAACCAGCAUUUAGUCAUUGCUGUGAAUAUUUCAACCUUUUAACUUCUUGACUCCUGAAAUCGGAGUGUCUUUUAAUGAUCUUUCUUAUGUUCUGAAAAAAAACCCAACAACAGUCGUUCUUAUUCCAACCUCAUAAACCAUCAGUCAUCAUCAUCUAUCAGUGUCUGACGAUGUCUGGAAAGGGAAGCCAUUUUUUCUGCUACUCUGGUGCAGCCAGAGGUUGGUCAUAAAUAAGCUUCUAGCGAAGUCUUGCUGCUCCACGUGUCAGUGUAAACACCAUCGUUUCUUGGUUUAUUACAUCCCCUUAGAGAAUAGCCUGUCUAGCGGUUUCUUGUGAGUCUCGAAGGACUCGUUUUAACCUUUCAUUCUGUCACUCUGGGACAACUGUAGAGUAGCUUUGCAUGAUUUUUGCAGCAUAAAAAAAAUUUAUCCUUUACUGGCACCUGAAAAAAAAAACUUAUUUUAUCACUUUUUAGCGUCUGCCACUUGAGACUAGUCAUGAACACCCACUGAGCUCCUCAUUAAAACUCAGCACUGUCUUUCGCCACACUAACUGCUGUUAUAAUGCUACUUACAGUUUGUGGUUCAAAGAGGUUCUGGAUGUAAUAGCCUGAGGUUCACAACAGUUCACAAAUCCAGCUUGUACUGGUUUCUGUAUAAAGGAGCCAUCGGUGAAGGAUAGCUACAUCGAUGGUAAAUUGAUCACUGGUUAGACGCAUUUUAAGAUUUCUGUUAUUAGUCGAAUAAUUUUUGUCGUCAAAAAGCAAGAAACUGAAAUGUUGAAACUUGAAAGUGUUUUUCCAAAUUCAAGAGAUGCUUAACAUAUCGUAAGCUUCUUUUUUGGACACUCACAGAGAUGCAUGUCCGUGCAAUGUCAGACUUCUCUUCAACUUUCCACUUGACCUGAUGGUAAUCCUGAGAUUUACCUCUUUGACCUCAUUUUUUAUGCCAAAAUCUCAGCUGGACGGUUUCUCCUCAACUCUGAAGACUUGGCUCUGGCGCUGAAACAGUUGGAAUGCUGCGAGAUGAUCGUCCAUUAGGUCCAUAACGUGCUUGGCUGUGCGUUGUUGUCUGGGUAAUUGGUGUCUUCUCCCUUUUGUGUCGUGACCAACCUUUGACCCUUGGCCUCCAGGCUACCCCUGACCUUAAACAGCCUCUGACAUCCUGCUGCUGAGCUCCCUUGCAUGUUGAUGUACCCUUGAAUGUGUGAGGAUGGAGAAGGUGCCAAGAGGAUAAGUAUGAGCUUUACAGGAAAUUGACCUGAUCAAAUCCUGGCAUCGUAGUUGUGCUUUGGGGAUGUCCUAGGCAACUGUUGACGCAUUUCAACUCAAAACACCUCAAACUUUUGGAUUCAGGAGUUUCUCUUUGUGGGACCUUCGGUUCCUUUUGCCCAUUGCUGUCUCCGUUUCCACCACGGCCUAAAGUCCUAUGAAGAUGAUGUAAUUCAGGCCAAUGACGCAUCGAGAACUAGUCCAUGACAGUGACUUUGUAGAUGAACUGUUUUCCACAACUCUUGAUUCAACCGUCGGCUGAAUAGGGAAAUAUUUGCUCUUGUACAAUCGCCCUUUGAUCAACUACCCCAGAACCUAAAUUAGAUUCUGGUUCCUCUUCCUCACACUUCCUAACCCCAUCCAAAAGCACCUUUUGCUAUCCCUGAAAAUCGGCAUACUGAAAUAUGUCAACAAUACCACUAUUGUCUUUUAAAAAUGGGUAAAAUCUGACCUGUAGAGACUUAAAUAACUUAUUCACUGAUGUUGAGAGUAACAUUAAGGUUUAGAUGAAGACACAAGGCUCUGUCCACAUCUUAAUUGAGAUCCAGAGCUUGAGCAAUUUGCUUUCAUGGAUGACAAAUUGCUGCAUUGUUCCCCCUUAUCCUUUGUGACCAUCUGUGCCUGUGCUAUCCAAUAAAACACAUCUGUGCUGCAUGGCCUGAAAGCCGAAAGAGCGAAAGAAAUUAACUCGGGGAUAAAAACUGGAGAGUACCAAGGAAGAGCAACCUUUGAUCUCUCUGAAUGAUCUCUCAAAACCUCUCGUUGUGAAACAGAGCAGGACUCUUACUGCAGGGACCAUCAGGUGUGUUUGUUUUGAGCUCACAUGUGAGAGUCUGUGUCGGAAUUACAGCCACCUUCGUCCAACUGUAUAGAUCUUGCGUUCAGCCAGACGUCUUAUGUAACAUCGGAUGAAGAGCAGGCUUUGCUAUCAAGCACCCUGUAUCAAGUACACCGUGAUCCAACACACGCCCGCAAUCAUGCAGAGCCUCUGAAAGCGGAUCUACAGCAGCAUUGUCGGGGUGCAGGGAGGGCAGCACCGAGGUUUUCUAUCAGAUAACCAGGCUCAAUUGUGCCCGUUGGUUUUUCCAAAGCUUCGGUUGCGUUUCUGAAAGAGCAGCUUGAAAGGUUGCCCCGUAAAGGUCAGCGCUCAGACCUGAUUGCUUUCUUUCUGUGAUCUUGAUACUUUGUUCUUUGCUUUAUUCUUGACGCUGCGCACAGAUGUCAUUGUUAAAUGGCUCCCUGGUGUGUCAGUGUGCAACCUGAAGAUAAGGGGAGGGUGUGCGGCUUUUUAUACGUACAAACACAUAAACAUGCGUCACUGCAUCUUCAUGUUAUUAGUGACGCUUUGACACCAGUCUUUACAUAAGGUUUACUAUUUGUGCAAAACUAUCUGAAAUUAUUUAAGCAGUCUGCGUCAAUGACAUGUUAAUAAGUCUGUGGAGAUAAUUCAGUUUAAGCAUGACCCUACUUUUUUGAUUUUAAUGUUUUGAUGAUGCAAAACUUCUUAAUUUAAGAGUUUUCAUUAGUUAUGUCCUACAGCCAUGACACAGUAAGCAUCCCUUUAUAUUUGGAAUAAAUGCUAAAAUAUCAUGUUUAUAUACUCCAUACUCAGGGCUAUUAUGGCAUGUGUUAUAUAUGGGGUGUCCAGAUACAACCUUUUGACUUUCGAUACAAUACCGAUAUUUAAGCCUUCAAUAUUGACCGAUACCGAUUUUGGCACAUAAUUCUGCAUGACAAGUUUUUCACUCAGCUGCAACGUCUUUUCUCUGACUUUAGCUAAAAAUACUGCCACAAGGCUAACAUCACUCUUACUCUUUGCUACUUUGUACCUUAGUACAAAGCUCUACAUGCUGGAUCAGGCAGUGCCAGCUCGAGGUGCCGGAGCGGAGUCUGGAAUGGACUGCUUGUAUCAGAGCGCUGAUAUCGGAGAUUUUAGCUGCAGGCCAAUAUAAUCCGAUAUUCUUUUUUUUUUUUGCUGAUAUCGGACCGAUAUCCGAUGUCAAUAUGGUAUCAGGACACCCCUAGUUAAAUAUUUAUCUUGUUUACCAAAAUUUUUAAAAGCGUCUCUCUAGCACAAAGAACAGUAAAGUCAUUGUUUUAGGAGUAAAAUAUCUGGAGUUUGGACCCCUCAAAGUACUCCUCACUUUCAUGACUUCAUUGAAAAUUGAUCUUAAGCAUCUUUCUAGAAAAGAUCUUAAUGUAUAUAAUAAUAAAUGAUAUUAAACUGUUGUAUUUGAUCAAAUGCACCACUCUAGGUUAUAAGCAUUAUAUAUUGGACAUUGGCUGAGCUGCUCUGAAUCAUUAGUAUCAGCCUUUAAAAAAACCACUGCAACUAUGUUCAAUGAAAGACGUACAUUCAAACUACAUUGUGCUCUCAAAAAGAGUAAAUCAGACUCAUCAGGAUUCAUCCUCUUGAGACUGUGAAUAUAUGUGACCAAUAUUUUGGAGAUGCCUUUAGCUGUCUUUGAGAAAUUCAAGUUUUUUAGCGUGAGCAUUUUCCUCUACACAGACGAAACUCCCAGCAUGGCGUUUGAAAGUCUCAAAAUGUCCAAAAAUGGAAAUUAGACAGUCUUGAUUCAUGUCCCCAGAGGUGUAUUAAAUCACAGAGAACUUGAGCUGAAACAUCUCUUCACAGCAUCAACAAACCUGACGUGGAGAUGAGCGAUGAAGGAGUAUGGUGUGUCUGAGAAAUGGAAGGAUUCACAGAUUGUCACGGACACUCGAUAAGACACACAGCUGACGUAAAAGCCCUUCUCUUUAUCUCUCCCAUACAUGUGUGGUCAAACCUCAGGACUUGAUAAAAAAAGAAGACGUGACCUUCUGACCUUUUAGACAAGAGCAAUAAAGACAAAGAACAAACAUCAGCACUAAAACGUGACACCGGCAUGUGCAUGUGAUGUGAAUGAGGAGUCUUCGGCUGUAUCGUUCCAGUUCAGACCCCACAUGUGUUCGUUUGAAAGGAGCCAUCUCCUUUGUUUGGGUUUAUUGUUUUCUGUCUUUAUUGCAGCUGCUGUAGAUUUGUGCUCUUAUUGACUAUUCAACUUCUUAUUGAUUACACAAGAUAACAAGUCAUUUCUGCAUUUAUUACCCUGAUGCACAGACUCUACUGUGAAUGGAGAACAAAAGAGGCAAAAUGCAAUCCACCAUAAUGCAUACUAGCCCCUAAUAACAUUUUUAUUAUAGCUACACACAAAUGCAUCAAACUGUCUUAUCUAGAAUAAAAAAUUCAGCUGCAACAACAGGAAGUUUUUUCUAAAUUUACUGUUUACAGUAAAAGUGAGACUCACGAGAUGUUAAAUGACUGUGUUUACUCUGGAGAUACACCUGGAAGGGCAGCUUUUUCUUGGUGAUGCAACACAUGGAAAUGGAAAUUAUCCCCAAAGUUCACCAUAAAGCCCAGAGACUAAAAUAUUUGUGUCUAAAAAAAAAAAAAAGUCUCAUCUGUUUUAGUUUCUUCUCCAGUCUUUUUUGUAGAUUUCUUUCUCAUCUCUGUGAUUCAGACCCUAACUAAAACAGGACUAUCCCCAUUGUUGAAAAUGUGAAUACUGUCUGUGUUUUGAGGUUAAAUGCUUUCUUUUAAACAGGAUAACAAAUAAAAGAGUCCCAGUGUGAGUGACAGGAGGUUAUCUGUAGGCCCUUUAAAUGAUUGUGAUUUCUAAUUGCUCUUUUGUUGCUUUAUGAGUCAUUUGAGCCACUAUGCAGAUGUAAUGAAACCACAGCCUGUAAAAGCGCUUGAUGUCCAUACAACUCCUGACUUUUGUUGCCCGUCUUGGCAGCGUUCGCCACUUGGCACACUACAGUGGAGCGAGUCAGCGAGAUCCAACCAGGGCAGGCCGGCUUGUGAAACAGUACCACAUCCAGGCGUUGAAUUAUGGAUCCAAGGCGGGAGCGGGCGGCACCAUAAUCAGCAAGAUGGCUGGCCGAGUCCACCCUGCUGCUUUAACAACCACAACAGCAGGCCCAGUUGAUUAGAGGAGCCAUCAUCCAAGACGGGCAGCAGUCAGUGGUUCUCCAUCACACCCUGCUGCUUUUUAUGGUGUUUAGAUAACUCCAUCAUGCUAAUUGGUUUCAUGUCGCCGCAUAAGCAAGCUGUUGUUUUGACUUUGGCUGGAUAUGAGGAUAUGAAUAUUUUAAGAGGCUCCUUUUUUCAUAACCACGGUGUGUAAAUUCACACUGGGGCCAUUUGUUUUGUCAGCUCCCGGGGUCAAGAUGAAUAGAUUCAAGCCCCGCGUCCUAAUGAAAAGUGGCGCUAGCUUGUUGUGCCCAUUGUUGAGGGGACAGCAUGAUUAAAAGAGCUAAAAAUGACACCGCAUUUACAGGUGCUGUCGACCAGGAAAUUGCUUUCCUUUUCACCGCACGCUGUUCUUCCUGGGCCGCUGUCCCGCUCAGCUCAAAAUUGACGUCUUCUUUAUUGGAUGCUCCGAAUUUGCGAAAGAGCUGAUCGGUCCCAGGAGAAAGAGCAACAAGAUCCAGUUUAGAUGCUAGUGGAAAAUUGCACAGUGACAUCACUGGACGCAUGAUGUGUUUUUGAAGAGGGUUAUAGUUUAGAGAGCUCUCUGUCUCCACGUUCCUUAAUCCCUCCUGAUCUCGGUAGGAUCAGGGGGCUGAACCGAUGAACUGACCCCUUCUUUUCUGAUAGUAUGGAAGCUGAAGGUGAGCUGGCAUGCUGAGAAAUCCACUCAAACUGUUUCCUUCUCCUGUCUAAUCCGAGCUCCAGACAAACAAUCGCUGAUUAAAUCAAUUGUUUGCAGAAUUUAACAUUUAAAGGGUUGGACCGCUAACAAUAAAAGGACUGUAAAAACACAGAUACACUGAUUGCUGAUAAAUGAGUGAGUCAGAAUCUGGUUAGAAGAAUCAAAGCCAGUGUUCUAGUUAUUAAUUAUUGUUGUCAUAGCAACAGCUUACCCCCCAUCGUUCCAUUAGCAUCUACUCCAGAACCAGUUGGACGUUCCUAUUAUUCUGAUCAGGUUUUAUGUGGUUGCUGUUUGGUGACAUUUGUGUUUGGAGUUUGGUUGCUGUGCAGCUGUGUGCUGACUCACAGCCCAGUGUGAACCUGUUGAUUUCAUGAUUUAACUUCAGCUCUUAUGAGAGGAAAGAGUCCAUUAGCUUUUCACCUCUUCUGAGACAGAUACUAUCCAUUAUAACCCUUUGGAUAGCCAACAGGUGUGCCUGUAUGUAGUUACUAUCUAUUUGUAGCAUGUAAACAUAACAUUUUAACUCAGGGUGAUGUACUCAAAACAGAGAGAAAGUGGUGCCAACACAGAUAGUCUUCUGUUUAUACAAAAGUCCUAUACCAAAAGAUACUAUCAUAAAAGUAAGGGCCUGUUCCCACUAACAGCAGUGUUCUUCUUCUGCUAUUGAAGUUGAUUUUGAUUGGUCAGUGAGGGAAAAGUGAUAUUAACAAGCACAGCAGUGUAACACUUGUGUAGCUGUACUUACCUGAGAGCACUGUGUUUUUCAGUGAUGUCAUGGAAAUUAAUACUGCCAGUUCAAAAAUGCUGUCAGUGGACACAGGCCCUGAUUAAGCCAAAAAGGUUUGAGAAUGAGAUAGAUUUACUGUAAUAUCACACGAAGACAGAUCCUUGAAAAAACUAACAAAACUUUUGACAUUUUGCUCAAUAAUGAAUCUAAUAAAUCUAAUAAAUGUUUUUCCUUUAUUCAUUUUUUUUUUACAUUUGCUGGUGAGCCCAUAGAUGUUUGAAAAAUCCUGAUAAACCUGGAGCCUGAAAUGAAGAAAUCACAAAACCUGUGUUGUCUGUAAAACAAUCAGAAAAUCUAAGGGUUGGAUUUUGAAUUUAACCAUGUUGUUUCCCAUAAAUCGGCCUGGAUGAAGAGACUUGCCGCUGUCUGACUGUUGCUCAUGCAUGUACCACAGCGCUCAGUGUAGGAGUCAGUGUUUUGGCCUCAGGUCCUGUGGUCAGUCAUGCCUUCUGCCACCCUGCCUGCACAGACUUGCUCGGCGCAGAGGACAUGAAAUGCCGCUUUCUUGGUUGCUAUGUAUGUGACUACAUGUUUCCAUGCAACUGUGCGAGGAGAGGAUGUGUGGGAGAUUUAAUGGUUUCCAUGAGACUGCCAAAUGCUCUUUAACCUAUUCUGUAUACAGUAAACAUCAACACUUAACGGCUCAGACUGCCCUGGAGUCUUAAUUAACCUGAACAGACAGUAGACUGUCCAUGCUGGCACAGUCUCGGGUCAGGAGAGUUACCUGUAGUCCAUCGCUGGCAUCCAAGCACCAGCCUGGGCACAUGCCCAGACAGCAGCACAGUGUGCUGUCAUUAAAGCCAGCCGCGUACUGUCUUAUCUGGAGACUUAAAGAAAAUUAGAUGUGCAGACUCUCCCCCGUGCAGCAGCUGCUGGGUGUGGAUGUUCAUACUGUAACUCAAGAAACACAGAUGACAGAUGGGACAAGAGGUGUUAUCAACACCCUCAGGCCUUAAUGAUUUUCCCAAGGGUGUGCACACGGGCGAAAGCAUGCAUGGAUGAGCACAUAAUGUGAUACCUACUAUACGUGCAAUUAUGUAAGAUUAGUGUUGCACGCUCAUCAGCUUUCGAGAGAAAAAACAUCAACGUAUGCAAACACUUUGAAUACCAGCAGGUGAUGUUUACAUCAAGGGUACAUCAUUUUCUCUCGAUUUUAUGUUCCCUUAAUUAACUUUCUUACAUCAUAAUACUGUCCUUUCUGCUGUUAAAUGCUUAGACAUACACUAGUCCUCUCUUUUUGUGCAGAUAAAAAUCAGAAGUUUAAUAAAUAUGUUACUAUAGAAAUUUGAGGGUCUUGCCAGUUUCUGUAUAUUUAAUGAAUUCAGUUGAUUAAACAACAUUACACUUGCUAGUUAGCACCAGAAUUACUGUGGAUUUACAGUAGUAUGGAUUACGUGUGGCCACCUGCCACUGACUAAGGCUGAAGCGCUAGUUAACAGCUGUAAUGCCAUAAUCAAUCAAUCAAUCAAUCAAACCUUAUUUUAAAGAACUUUUUAUACAUAGAAUGUAGCAUGAAUUGCUGUCCAUUCAUGCAGGAUAUUAAAAAAACAAUGAAAUAAAAUAAAUACAAAUAGAAAUACCAAACCCCACCCACCCACCCAACCCCCAUUCAACACAAACAGCACCCAAAAGACCAGGUGAGGACUCUUCAACUUGCCACAGAUGACCGAGGGAAUGCUAUCUUGAGUUUAAAAAGAUGAGCAAACACUGGAUCUCGGACUAAAAUGUUAAAAGCAUGAUAAAAUAUAAUGAAGGUGACAAAGCAUUAAAAGUUAAUAAAAUAAAACAGUCUUAAAAUCAAACAAUAAAAGAAAGUAAAUUAAAAAAGCUACUUUAAGAUUAAAAUAGGUCAAAAUCACAUACUGCAGAUUAAAAGAUGAUGAUCUACUACCCUGAUGUAAACAAGCACAGAUGACAGAUGGGAUUUUGUCUCAGAGUGCAGAAUGCUCGUAUUUUGAUCAGAAAAAAUAAACAUGUUAACAGCCUGGUACAAAAAAAAUAUUAGUUCUCCGUCUGAAUUCACCAUACAAAGGUGAACUUUUUAAUUUGACAGUUUUGAAGGUAUUACGGCGACAAGUUCUGCAUAAUUUGAGUCAGAAUAGACAUGACAUACUGGAGAUGCCUGUGCGAAAACUGAAGUAAGGAGAAGAUUAAACAUAAAUAAAACUUUGAGUAUUCACAGUGUACAUUAAAGUUUGGCAUUACCAAGCGAUAUGGUUGUUACUGAUAGAGAUUUUCCAGUACUCUGACCAAGUGUCAGAGGGGUCAAGUGAAAUCCAUAGGAGACAUUGGAGACAAAGACCUUUGUCUCACGUGCUCAUCACUUCAACCCUUUGCUGUUUCUAGACAAAUUAGUUCCUCUGACAUUUGGGUUCAGGAGGUCGUCGGUGUAAUGUCUGAGUGUAAGUGGCUUAAGGGCCUCUGACCUCGAGUGCUCCUAAUAGAAAGAGAAGGAACCACAAUAUCUUUCCUGUGAAAUGCGAUCACAAGUUUUACGUCACUAAAGCUUGGCGGUUUGCAAAGUUAGAGGAAAGGCAGGAAGCUAAGAGGACGGGGAGAGAGAAGAUAAGAGGGAGGAGAGAUCGGCUAAAGAGGAGCAUCAAGUGCCGCACUUCUUGAUGCUCACUAGAUUAAAUUAUUCUUGGAAAAACAACGUAAUUGUUUCACCAGUGAAAAUAAAGCACAAAUGAAGUUGCAUCUAUCCCAGUGGCCUCUCCCUCUUUUUUCUCUCCCUCCUUUCUCCCCUCUUGAAUUUCAAUUGAGAGGCUUCAAAGUGAGCGGCUCACUGGUUGAGGGGGUCAUCAAACAAGCCGGGCACAUCAGCGUUUCAGGCCUCAGAGGACUCUCCAAGCUGGGCACCGAGCUGGACUGAUCAGCUGUAAAACCUGGCACAAACUCAGCUUCUCUUGAUCCAAUCUGAUUUACUAAAAGAGCUCGAUAAACUUUCACCGUCUUUUAUUAAAUUUAUAUUUUACUCAACAAACAUGACACGGAGAAUCGACAAUUUGCUUGAGAUGUUUAAAGGCCUAUUCUUGAUCCAUUUACAACCGGUUUCAACGAGAAAAGUCACAUUUAAUUUAUUCUAACAUACACAUAAGUUCUAAUCAAAAAGAAAAAUCUACAACUGCCACUGUCUCAACAAUAUAAGCGAACAUACUUUGUGCUUAACUUUAAAUUAGGAAGAAAAAAGGAAAUAAAUGAGUGAAAAUAAAUGCUUAAGUACAUUAAAAUGACAAAACAGGGAAAAAACACUCAGCAUUUGGCAUCCGUCACAUCAUCUAAUUUUUCUGUUUUCACGUAUGAUGUAUCAAAUCAAUAUCAAUCAUAGAUCAGGAGGUCUAAUCAAAAGAAAAAUGUAAAGUUAACAUACAAAACCUGUCUUUUUCCCUUAACAAUUGACCUCCAAAACUUUAUGAAUAUUGCGCUCAAAUUCUUUGUUUUUCUGACUUUACUCUCCACCACAUGCAAAGCAACAAAAUUCAAGCCUACAUAUCUGUGAUGAGCAUAAUUUUCCUUAACAGCUGACAGCCUGUCGAGCCAUAUUCACCCACUCUAAUUUGUCAACAGCAUUAUAAAACAUUCCUCUGCUGUCAGCCUUUCUUUUCAGACCAUGUCCCUGAAACGUUCAUCGUCGAGAGCUGCCGUCUGAAGAUGAUUGUCAGUUCAGCUUAAGCUCUGACAAACAAAACGACCAGAACAAAGAGACAUCUCAAUCCCUGUGAAUCCUCUUACAGAGCGGUGCAAACACAUUUUCACAACAUGCCUCUUCGUCUUCAUCAGAUGUAAAUGUCCUUGACAUGUGGGUCACAGUACGGCAGAUGGCUUGAGUCUGUGCGUAUUUGCAUACAUUCAUACUGUGAGCUGCUCCUGUCACACGGACACUGAUGAAAUCAGCCUCCACUGACGUGUUCUCUAUGGUUAUCAUAUUUCUUAUAAAUAUGGAUGAUAAUGAGUUGGAGGAAGUAAAAAUUACAUGAAAAUUGAAAAGGGUACAUAAGAUAACUUUGAUACUUUAGGUUGUUGUACACUCUAAAAACCCAAGUUGGGUUGUUUUUAACCCAACACCGGGGUUGAAAAGGGACUGACUACUUAUUGGGUUAUUUUGACCCAGAAUGUUGGGUUAUUCAAAUUAACCCAAAUUUUGGGUUGACGCAACAACCCUUUCAGUAACGUACUCAUGUUUAUGAGGUAGGCCAAGAGUCUUGCCUAAGGACCCACACUGGUAGAUGUAGUUCGCCCCUUACAGAUGUGUCUCCUGCGGGUUUGAAUGGUAGGUUUGCUUCUCUGUAAAAUGAGAAACUUCACAGACGUAAGACCCAAAAGUCCUCAAACUGUAUCGUCUAUUAAAACUAAAAAUAUCUGCUAAAGUAAAUAUAACUAAAGCGACAGAUUUUCUAUGCUUAGAGCGACUCAGGUGGGUCACCAAUAUAGGGGGCGGGGCCAAAAGUCUAGGGUAAAUUACUCAGAUGAAUUGCAACAAACUGCCUUGGGAAACAUAACUGUCUUACCAGGACUAGACCUGUCCUUGGUUUGACCUCUAAGAUGAAAAGAGAUAAUACAGAGCACUGAGUCUAAAUUUACAACCAUUUAAACAUACACUAAACCUGGGACAUAGGUGGAUAAUUCCAGCAUAAAUAAGGACAGACAGUCCUUAUUUCAUUAUAGUUAUCAAAAACUUUCUGGAAACUUCGCUUCCUUUUGUUUUUUUAAGUUUCCUCGUCAGUCAACACUUUGGAUAUCAGCCAUUUUCUAAUUCCAAUCGAAUUAACACAGUGUGCAAGAUUCUAAAGCUGCAGAGUCAGGCUGAUCUUCAGCAUGUUUGUUCACAAUAUCAGGUAAAGUGCCAAGUAGGAUAAGCUGAAUUCACAGAAUGUGUCGUCCUACUAACCUAAUUCACUUGAUGUGUUCGAUCAACACCACCCGGUUCAAUUGUGUGUAAUUGUAAACAAGUAUGCAGUGACGCAUACCUGACAGUUGUGUGGGAAUACUCUGAAUGUUCAGUGAGGGGCGAAAACUGACUCAACGUUACGUAGUGUGAAAGUCUCAGAUGGUUGUUGGAUUUUUAAUUAAAGAAAUGAUCAAUAUAAAUUUUUACUGAUGAUACACCCAACUGACUCUCUAAUCUGCUGACUGUGGAUCAGUCUAUCUCCAUAAAAAAGUUUAUCUGUAACAGGAGCUCUAGGAGAAGUAAACUUCACUGACUCAUCCAGGCCUGGAGGCAUUUAUUAGUGAGAUCAUUUUGCAUUAGUCAUUUUUGAGCUGACCCAAGCUGUUCCUCAAUCUGCAGAUCAUUUGUUCGUUGACUCGGCUGUUUACAUUCUCUAUAUACGUCUUUGGGAGAGAAAACAUUCAAACUAAGCUGUUUUUUUCUCCUCUCUUUCCUCUCCAUGAUUAGAUGGUGGUUCUGAUGGACCCCAUGGAGGACCCGGACGAUGUCCUUCGUGCCAACCGCUCCAGGGAGAAGACCUACAUGUUUGACGUCGCGUUCGACUACCUAGCCACUCAGGUCAUUUGAAAAUAAAGAUAAAUGGAAGAAAUUCCAGCCAAAAGUUUGUUUGCUUGUUCACUUUAAAGUGUAUUUUGUGCUAUUUCUGCAGGAGGAGGUUUACCGAGCGACCACCAAAGGGCUGAUCGAGGGCCUCAUUUCAGGCUAUAAUGCCACCGUGUUUGCCUACGGACCCACAGGUUUGUGUGUGUGCGAGUGUGUAUGGAUGUUAUUUCUCCUCAUUCCCUUCCUGAGUCACCUGUUCCACACUUUUAGAAAAUAGUGAGACAUCUUACUCUCAUCUGUUUUGGUUCUAUUUUUAGCUCAGGUGUGAUCAUAGAAUGAGUCAUGCCUUACCUCCCCUGUUUACAGCGGGCAGAGACAGAUUGUCAAAGAGAAGCGGGGUCGUAUUUGUCCUCAAGUUCCCAACUCUCUGACUGACUUCAUCUGUCUGUCCAUCUGCCUCAGUGAAUCAUAGCGCUUUGUCUGCUCCUUUGUUGAAGUAAACAGGGUUUUCAGCGUGUGUCAUUGGGUUCAUGUGUUUAUUUGCAUUUGACAGUGCCAUCAGGCCAGCAGAGAAUAAAUUAAGACAGCACAUCCUGAUCAUGUAAACACAGGAAGCAAUUAGCUCUUAGUCGUAGCAUCAACUUUCACAGGGUAGUAUUAAUUAAAAAAGGGUAGACUGUCCUUCAACUGUAGUCUGUAUUAUAGUGUAUGAUGUCAAAAUAAUGAAGCAUAAUAGUUAGACUAGUUUGAACCAGGAUGGAAAGAGGAAUUAUACCAUAACAAGCAUAAACCAUCAGUGGACAUAGGCCCUUAAUGCUGUAGAAAUUAAACUAAAGGACGUCAGUACACAUAUUCACUAUAUCUAUUCUACACUCUCUUUUACAUAUGUCUUGUCAUUUGGCAUUUCUGAAAUACCCUGGCAUGACUUUGUUUUUUGUUUGGAAAAAAUUCAUAAAAACACUGUUAGUGGACAUAGGCCCUUAUUGCUGUAGAAAUUAAACUAAAGGUCAUCAGUGUGCUUAUUCACUAUAUCUAUUCUACACUCUCUUUUAUGUCUGUCUUUUGUCAUUUGGCAUUUCUGAAAUACCCCGUCAUUAGUUUGUGUUUUUUUGGGGGGAAAAAAGGCAAAAAAACGCUGUUAGUGGACAUAGGCCCUUAUUGCUGCAGAGUUUAAACUAAAGUUUUAGCUAAAAUAAAAAUGAUCCAUAAAGAAUGUCAUACUUGAUUCCUGGAAAAUAGAUCAACUUGUCUUUUUAUUCCUCUUUAUAGCCCCAUUAUACAUACACUUGUUUUCAAUCUCUUUUAGAUUUGAGGGCAGUCAGAACUUGUUUUAAAUUUUGUUUUCUGUUCCCAGGUUGUGGUAAAACAUACACCAUGUUGGGGACAGACAAGGAGCCGGGUAUCUACGUCAGGACGCUGAACGACCUGUUCCGUGCCAUCGAGGAGACCAGUGAUGACAUGUCAUACAGCGUCUCCAUGUCCUAUCUUGAGGUUAGUAUUUUAUUCCUCCCUCGACAAUUUCCCCUCCAUAUUAUUCAUGAAAUUUCAAACUCUGAUGACACACCUCCUGCUUUCCGUUAAGUGCGGCUGAAAGUGUCGUGGUCAUUUAUCUGGUGGUUUGCCUCAAGAUUUUCCCUCUGAUUUCUUCACAUUUGAAUCGUCUUUAUCUUUUUUGUCUGUCAGCAUCACAGUUAGAUCUUCUGAUUGAGUCCUGGUUUCUUUACACUGAUAAGAUCUGAGGUCGUUAGCUGAUGCCAAUUGCAGGCAGACAGGACGGGUGUCCUUUUACUUUGCCAGCAUUUGUUUCUCAUCUGAAAUGCAGCUGGCAUCCUUGACAACAGCUCUUGAGAGAUUCACAGACACAUUCACAGACUAAAGCAGGACCCUUUUAUUUCACUCUUGUAUGUGUUUGCAUUCAUGGCCUCAUUUUUCUCUAUUAUGUUGUUUAGCUGCUUUAUGUUUUAUGUCAACGGUGUUAAAUGAACCUGACAAAAGUUAUGAAAAGGUGGUUUACAAAUAUGUUGGAAAAACAUAAAACUAAUUUUUCCUGAGUUGAGAAGUCAUGUACAAAAAUCAGCUUUAUAAAGUCAAACUGUUAUUAGGACCUGUGUCCAUUAGCAACAUCUUUGUCACCAGGUCAUAAAAGGUGUCCCAUGGGACUAUCGCUUUCCUCAAGUGUGAAUAAUAGGAGACUGUUUCACAAUGCUCAAUGCUUUAAACUUUAUUUUUCUCAAACAUUCAGGUACAAAGAUCCGCCAUGCACAGUCAAGCCAUUUUUAGGGCCUGUGUCCAUUAGCAGAAUUUGUGCAUAAAUUUAGUUAAGAGCAAUCUGAGCUCUUCUUUUAUGCAUUUACUGUUGCCAGAUCACAAAAGAUAGAGCCACUGCUUUAUCUAGGAGUGAAUGUCACAUCUGCUUUUUAAUGUUUUGUAUGUAUUAUUUUUGCUGUCAUUCAAUGGCAUUAACUUGAAAACUUAAAACCAAAGGGAAUAAUGUUGCAGCAUUAGUAGACCUGGAAAUUGUACUUUGUAAAAUCAAGUAAGUUAAUGUAUUGCAUGAUAUUGUAAAGAGAAAAGGUGCACAGUAAAGGAGUUAGUGGACACAGGCCCUUAUACUUAGAGUCUUUUUGAACAGCCUUUCCCAUUUGUCAUUUGACGACUCUGACAUGGUCUGUUGUUAGGUGGCUUCAAGAGGUCUCUGUACAAGGUUGUCAUUUUGGAGGAUUUUAGCCCCCUUGCUUGCUUGUUGUACACUUUGUUUCAGCAUUUUAUUAUUACAUUUGUCCUGUUUUUUCUCUCUCAAUUGUUCUUUGGAGCACAAAGCAGCAUGCUUGUAUUUGAGCGUCUCUUUUCCUGUCGAUUGGCACAAAUUGAACCGUUUUUCAAAUUUUUAUUCAUAAGAUCAUUCUUACCUCCGCCUAACUCUAUUAAAAUAAAGUAAGAAAGAGGUUGCUGGGUGGAUUUAUUAUUCCAUUCAAACAAGACGCUCCUUUCAAAAUACUUCUCAUAUUAUCUUUGAACAUUUUCGACCUUCCGUGUAAGAGCCACAAAGAGUUUGAAAGACAGGAAAUAAACUCUGCAAACCUUGAAACAAACGGCUCAUUCAAUAUCUUCUUUAUGUUUGUGAGUGCUCCCUUUUAUUGUAAGUGAAUAUUUUGUUUUCUUGAGGAGAUCGCAGUAUGAAAAUAACUGAGUCAGAUUUAUUCAAAACACACUUAGCUUGUGGAGAGGAAAUGAGUUCUGGGAGAGGAAAAGAGAAAGAUGAUGAAUAAAACCUCUUAUGAAAAGAGAAAAUUAAAAAAGGGGCAUUAAAUCCCCGCCUGAAAAUGGCACAUUUUGGGUACAAAGAGAGGCAGGGGGUCUAAGAUGCGACUUUGAAAUUACAUUUCGUGUUUUUUAGUGCCAAACGCUACAAUUAUGUUCAAUGAUUGGCAGUGUUAUUACAGACUUACUCUUUAAUGGCAGUGUGGGUGGGUGAAAUUGAAAAUGUUCCUAUUAAAUUGCCAAUCCUGGAGUCUGGAUGUUCCCUAACCUGUAUUGAACCCUUCAGAGAGAGUCCUGACAGAAGCCCGUGUGUGACGUGUGUGUUUGCUGUUACCAGGGGAGUAAUCGGUCGCCACCGCCGCCUCUCCACAAAGAGGUUAAACUCCAUUUUACAGCCGGACAGAGCGACGAGCACACAUCUGCUCCUUUGACUGCUGGAAUAACAGUCUUUUACACGUGCAAUCUCUACCACACACGCACGCAAAACACAAACAGGAAAUCCAAAUAAAUGGACUUAGUGCGGAUAAAGAGAGCUAUCUUUAGUUACUCCACAUGCACAGAUAUAUACCCUCCUCCUAUGGUAUGUUUAUUUUGGUUCCACAUUCUUGUCACAUGUAUUUAAGGAUAGUCUUCUUAGCUUCUGCACACUCCUUAUUAUUGAUCAAAAUAUCUCCACAACCAGUGGAAGGACUGCCGUAACAUUUAGUAUAUUUACAUGUAAAAUAAAGAGUGUGAGAGUACUAAUAUAGCCGUUUGUCUCAAUACUAAUUAAACAUGUUUACAUGUGGGUUUGGUUAAUAUUGCUUACUUGCUGCAGAAACUACCACCUCAACAACCCGCCCCAUGAUUCCUCUGCUGUUAAACAGACUGUAAGACAUUAACAGCCUUGCUCUGAACAGACUGUAAAAAGGAGCUCAUGAUUACAUUAAAUUUUCAUAGGCAUAGGCUCGCUUGUGUGGCCCCAUCCAUAACAUACAUAACAUACAAAAAAUAUAACCCAGUGUUUCCACGCUCAGCUUUUCACGUCGAGAACGUCAUCCCAAUAUUCAUAGCUGUCCCUGGGAAUAUAUUUAUCCUCCUAAAGUGGCAGGUAUAAGUAAGGAAGACCCAGACCUGAGACAAAGUGAUCUUGUUCAAGCUUCACUCGCCAUGAAUAAGUACAAAUGGAAAAAAAACGGACACAAAUAUUCAGCUGUCAGUGUCAGUAAAACCUCCUACCUCUCAGGGUUUGUGGCUGCUUGUGUUUGACAAAUCAAAACUGUCAUUACAGCUCAAGCCUCCCUGCGGUUUGUCAUCUAAUGGUCGCCUUUCCAGGAUGUCAUGUCCCGCUCUGAGCUUUUAUGUGGGUCUGGGGUCUCUUACAGCACCGUCGGUCUUAGUCCAGAGAGGUCACCUGAGUUGAGCACUAACGCCGGCUCAUGACGGCUCACCACCCAACAAGCUGUGGUUUCUAAAUGACAGGUUUCUGAAAAUAUAGCAUUUGAUGUUUUUGUAGCGUGUUUGGGUCUGUGUGGGUGGCCGAGGAAACUGAAUGGAGCCUUUUCAAUGCACAUGAACUACCUCCCAUCAGGUUCAUGUCUCAUACUUAGAACGACAUGAAUGAAAGAGAUAUAUAACCGCACUUUAGCUGACAGCUUUCUGUGUAUCUGUCUUUUAGAUCUACAAUGAGAUGAUCCGGGACCUGCUGAACCCAUCUUCAGGUUUCUUGGACCUGAGAGAAGACUCUAAAGGAGUGAUUCAAGUCGCUGGCAUCACAGAAGUGUCCACCAUCAAUGCCCAAGAGGUACGACAAUCAAAACACGACUUCUUAGGUGCUUUAGGUAGAAAACUGUGUUUACAAAAACCCUGCCUGUGCGCUCGCAGAUCAUGGAGUUGCUCGUGAAAGGCAACAAACAGCGCACACAGGAGCCGACAGCUGCCAAUCAGACGUCUUCUCGCUCCCACGCCGUGCUGCAGGUGGCCGUCAAGCAGCAGAGCCGAUGUCGAGAUGUCAUGCAGGAGGUCCGCUUCGCACGCCUCUUCAUGAUCGACCUCGCCGGCUCUGAACGAGCAGCACAGGUAAUUUUCAGUCAGGAGGUGGAAAUUCAAGGUGGAAUAUUUAUUAGCGGUGGUGCGUUCACUUUCAUUAUCUUCACACUGAAUGCAGCGUGUGUUUUUAAGCCUACAGCCUCCAUCACACGUGCACAGACACUAAAUGACAUGGUGAGUGCUGCAGUCUGCUCACUCUGGAUACUUGGCAGUGAAUCUUUACAGCAGGCUGCAGGAUCGAGGUUCCCAUAAACCUCAGGAGACUUUAAUAAGAGUCUCUGUAUAUCUGCUGCUGCAGCCCGCUAUGAGCUUUAUUAAAGAAACGCACCGGCCUCCUGGCAAGUGGAGCAACUUUAUUGUGAAACUCAACCUUGUGCAGCUUCACAAACUUAGAAUUUAAUUACAUUUUUAUACACGGUCAUCGUUCUAAUCUGUUGUUAACCACUCUAACGAGUUUGUAGAUGUUCCUCCAGCUGUUGUCUUAAGAAUUAUACAACUUUUCAGUGUUUUGUUUGUCCUGUCUCAGCGUUUUUGAAACUUAAAUGAGCAUAUAUUUAGCAUAAAACUGAAUUUUUAUUAUUUUAUUUGUCGUAUUUGCUCUAUUUCUGAUUAGAUACAGGGUUUAAAUGAUUCUGAUACCAUCGUUACUCAACUUUAUUGGAAGUGGGGUUGUGUGAUUCAUAUGAACUCAAGUCUAGCAGCUGUGGGCUCAUCUCGGCUCUUAUCUCGCUCUUUCCUCUCUACCCUUGCCAGAUCCAGUCAGAUAAAGGUGGAUUCCACAGAAAUAUAUCUUUAAAAAAGCUCAACUGUCGUCUAAGAGGGUUUAAAAUUGACUAAAAGUAAAAUGCUUAAUUCUCAUUCGUACAAUAACACUUCAUUUUGAUUGAAGUGUUAUUGAGAGAUUAUUCAAGCUCCUGUGAGGAGUUUUUAUCUGGUUGUGAAACAGAAUGAAAUUAACACCAGUGUGUUUUUAUGACCUACAAAGACAAUGAAGGUCGUCAGGAACACAAUUGCUGUAAUUCUUGUGGGGGUGGGUGUUGUUUUACCUGCUGUAGACUGAGCCUUUCUUUACACUCUGACUCAUUUUUCAGAAUUAGACUCAGUCAGAAAACUUACACAUGUACAAAAUCAACGAAGUGAUGUGAUUUAUAUCUCAGCCUGCAGGAGGCGCCAAAUCAACAAAAACUUGAAGUUCCUCACAGCAGCUUUAAACUCAUUUAUGCCGAGUCAGUUUCAAACUUUAGUCAGUUUUGUAGAUAUCAACAUUUAGUCUUACUUAAAUCCCAUUUUGCACAUUUUCCUUUUUAAGUGUCGGUUAUAAACGCUCAGCUGGAACAAUCACUUUCAUCACGUUGCCAAUUUCCUCCUUCUCUUUGUGCUGUCAUAUGAGGAUAAUCACAUCUCAAGACACAGUUAUACUCCGCUCUAAUCAGUUCUAUAAUGACUAUAUUUUUGACUUUACCUUCACAGACGAAGAACAAAGAAAAGGGAAAAAUAAAACAAACUCUUCAUUAAGGAACAAAAACACAAGAUGAAAAACACGAAGAAGAAAAUGAUUGCACAUUGAACGGAGGAACAGCAGAGUUAUACCUGCUGACUGUUGAGAACAUUGUCUCUGUUAUCACACAGCUAUGAUCAAUACUAAUGUGGAGAACAUUCAUUCAUAUUUCUAGUCUUACUUUGAAAUUCUUUAAACAAACAAUAACACCGUCAGAUCCUUAAGUGUUAGAUCAGUCUGUUAGAUGUGUCUGUUUUUCUCCGACAAAUGAAAAGCUUCUCUCCGUCUGCGUGCUCCGGCUGCUGUGAACAAAAGGCAAAGAGUCAACACCAUGGAGACCGUCUGAAAGGUUCACAGUCUAAGUAUUGAUGAGCUGCGCUCGUGUGGCCGCCGUCAGAAAUCGAGCUGAGCAGAAAACUCAGAACCACACGAGGCGACAAGAAACGUUUUCUCUCCCUCCUCGACAGAUUAAGAGUAGAAGUGGUCAGUGAAAGUUGAUUUAGUUAGCAGACUGAAGCUGGUGGAGUGACGCCAUCUGCUGGUCAAGAGUGGAAACAUGAUAACGACCUUUAAUGUAAAGACAGGAGGCUUUCAGGUGUCAAAAUCAGACGCUUUAAGUUGAUCCAGUGCCUCAAAAUAUUCCCUCAGAUCAGUUUUCAGGGCUUUAAGGUGUCAUUUUUCAUCUCUUUCUUCCUUUUUCACCAUCAUCCGUCCACUUUUUUUUACUCUGUUUACAAAGCUGGGAUAUUUUCACACUCAUUUUUAUACAACUGUGUCUCUCUUAGACUCAGAAUCGGGGUCAGAGGUUAAAAGAAGGCGCUCACAUCAACCGCUCCCUUCUGGCUUUGGGCAACUGCAUCAACGCCCUGAGCGACAAAAACGGCAACAAGUACGUCAACUACAGAGACAGCAAGUUGACCCGCCUCCUGAAGGUAAAGCAGCAGAAGAAGAAUGUCUGUAAAUAUGUGUUUAAUCUCACGGUUGGGAUGAUGAUUUAUCCUGAUCUCUGUGACCCACAGGACUCGUUGGGCGGAAACAGUCGGACGGUCAUGAUCGCUCACAUCAGCCCCGCCUCUGUGGCUUUUGAGGAGUCCCGUAACACGCUGACGUACGCCGACCGUGCCAAAAGCAUUCGAACACGGGUGAGUCCGGGGAAGGCCUCAUCCUUAAGCCUCUUAUCCGCCUUUAUUUAGAGCUGAAACUGAGAUGGGUUCAAUGAUCAAAUAUUUCACAGCAGGAUCACGAGGCAGCUUUACUACACGUGGCUCAGUAUCAUAGCUUAAAUUUAAGGAAAAAGGAUCAUUACGGCUCUAUAACAGAAGUUUUAAGAUCAUCCUUGAACAUGUUUUCUUUCUCGGUCUCCUCUCUUUGUAUUCCAGGUAAAAAAGAACCUCAUAAACGUGUCAUAUCACAUCGCUCAGUACACAAACAUCAUCUCAGAUCUGCGCAGCGAGAUCCAGCGGCUCAAGAAAAAGAUCGCAGACCAGGCGAGCCGCCAGCUCAACGCCGACCGCGCUGAUAUCCGACACGUUCAAGGUAUGUUAAUAAAGAUGAAUCUGCCUUCAAUCUGCAGCUUCUAGUGUCUGUAGUCUACAUUUCACAGUCGUGCCUGUUUCCUUUUAGCCGAGGUCCAGGCCCACUCCAGCCAGCAGAGCCGGGCAGAGAUGGACAUGCUGAGGGAGCAGCUCCUGGAUGCUUUCCGUGAGCAGAUGGAGAUCAGGAGGAGCCUGAUGGAGCUGGAGAACAGCAAUAUGGAGAUCCAGAUCGACACCUCCAAACACCUGCUAACCAUUGCCGAGUCAGUGUUUAUAACAGAUUUCUAUUUUCUCAGACAGUCCCCCUGGGAACAUUCAGGGAACAGUUGGCCGACUAAGUGGUUCAAAACAGUUUUUUUUAGUAGGCGAAAUUCAUCUUGAAUUCGUUUGAGAAGAUUAAUUCAUCCACAUGGACUGUAUUUUACCCUCCAAUCAUGUCUGAAUCAGUCUUCAAAGUUUGUAAAAAGUGCAAUGAUACAUCUGAUUUGGUGUUGAGACUCAGCUUAGGUUUGAUCUGAUCAUUCAAACUUAUACAGGAACAAUAUUUUAAAAAAGUUAGAGAGACAAAUUGAUAUCUAAGUGUUUCUGUCUGGUCCCCUUAGCUGGGAGCAGGAGCGGAGUCGACGCAGGAGGAAGUGGCGAGCAGAGAGGAGGAAAGAAAGUGUCAAUAAAGACGACAGCGAGAAGGACUCGGACUCCCCUGAGUCUCCUCCAGACAGCACAGAGACGCAGCAGGUGGCGAUGGCUCGAGAAAACCUGGUUACCCUCAUGGCUGAGCAGAAACGCAUCAACAAACAGAAGGUAGUCCUCAACUUUUCAAAGUAGUGUAAGAACUUUUCGCUCAUCUCUGUUGCUUAUAAAAAAACUCACUUUUGUUUAUUCACCUCAAGGCGUUGCUGGAGCGCAGAUUCCUUGAGCUCAGGGAGCAGGCCCGGCGCCUGGAGGAGCUUCUGCCUCGGCGGGUGAGCUCGGAGGAGCAGCGGGAGGUGCUGUGCCUCCUCUGUAAAGUCCACGAGCUGGAGAUCGAGAACGCGGAGAUGCAGUCUCACGCGCUGCUCAAAGACAACGUCAUCAGACACAAGAACUUCGUGGUGCAGCGCUUCGAGCAGCACAGACACCUGUGUGACGAGAUCAUCCAGCAGCAGAGACAGUUUAUUGACGGUGAGUCUGUCUUCGUUAGAACAACUUUGCCCCAUCAUAACUUCUUCACCGAGUUAAACACCCCCUGGAGAGAUGAAUGUGCUGACUGCUUGUUUCUCUAGUUAUACCAACUUUAGUAGCAAUAUACAGCGGUCUAUGGAGCCAUAAACAAACCUCAAACUAAACACCACUCUAUAGCCACAAAUAAUGCUCAGAACAGCACCUAACUUCAUCAACAGGACAUAUAGGGUCACAGCCACCAAACAUCUUUUUAACUUUGACUAAUUUCUUUAGCAAAGAGACUAAACACAACUCACCUACUCUCUUCCAGCAGCCGCUUGUUUAUGGCGAGACCUCAGGCCGGUUCAUUACGGACUGCUGCGGAGUUCCGCAGCUCAAGGAAGAACAUUUAUGAUCAUUUCUUUAUCAUUUCCUUGAAGUAAUAAUCACCAUAUUAAUCAUUUUACACUGCAGACGCGGUAGUUCUUCUGCCUUAGCGUCUCGGUCUGAUUGUAUUUCCAUGAAGAAAUGAUCAUAAAUGUUCUUCCUUGAGCUGCGUCACCCCGCUGUAGUCCGUAAUAGACUAGCCUGAGGUCUCACUGCAAACAAGCAGCUGCUGGAAGAGAGUAGGUGAGUUGUGUUUAGUCUCUUUGCUAAAGAAAUGAGUCAAAGUUAAAAAGAUGUUUGGUGUCUAGUACUAUGGCUGGGACGCUAUGUGUACUGUUGAUGAAGUUAGGUGCUGUUCUGAACAUUAUUUGUGAUUAUAGAGUGGCAUUUGGUUGAGGUUUGUUUAUGACUCCUCAGAUCGCUGUGUAUUGCUAUCGACAACAUUUAUCUCUCAAGGGGGUGUCUAACUCUGUGUUAUGGUGUGUUUGACCCUAAAUUAAUUUUAUGCCGGAAUAUCCCUUUAAGAGAAAAUGUUUGAGAAAGUGACGAACAUUUCAAUUUCAAAACACACCAUGGCUCCUUUAACUUUAAGUGUUCAUGAAAAUCAAAGACCUCCUACAAAAAACUGAUAGCCUAAUCCUAGCCUUCAUGUGUGUGUUGCAGACCACAGUCUGUUAGUGCCUCCACACCUCCAGGAGCUCUAUGACAUGUACAUGAGAGAGCUGGACGAGAGGAAACUGGACAGAGCCAUGGCCCUGGAUAAAGUGACCACCAGACACACCAUCAAGGUAGACCCGGCUGGAUAACAAGAAGAAAUCAUCAAGAUGGAUUCAUGUGAGACACUCAGUUUUUGAUGUUCUCCUUUUUUUUUAGGAGGGCUCUCUACCCAAGAUCACUCUGCCCGGUCAGGGCCGGGAAAACAUGCAGGACGUGGACUCAGACCAGGAGAGCGUUCGCAACAUGUACUCCGACAACAGACAAGGACCGACUAAAACCCGCAGACACACUUUGCCCCCCAUCCUGCCUGAACCUGAGCUGUGAGAGGACCCCCUUGUUCUUCUUCUUCUACCCACGAUACACCAGCUGUCCUAACAGCAAUAACAACCUGCUCUCUCCCUCUCUGUGCGACAGGGACAGUAACAGGGUUUUUAAGAACAGCCCUCACGCCAGGCAGAUGAAAAACUCAGCGGUGAUGACCCCGCCCCCCAUCCACAUUAACGGGAGGGGCAACAGAGAGGUGAGGACAACAGUAAGAAGCUACAUUUUCACUUUUUCAUUUCGCUCCAGCGGCUCACUCCGAGAGGAGCCCCACGCUGUGAAUUAAUACACUCCAGUCAGGAGCUUCUUUUCACUCGAAGCAAUAUGACUCACACUGAUAUUUCACUCCGCUCGAGCUGUUUCAUUUUCAGCUCACGCAGCUCCAGACAAAGACACACUGGCAGCUGCUGAAGACGCUCUCAGCUCCCGGAGUCUGGGUUUUUGCUCAGCUUUCAGAGUCCAAAUGUGUAAACCGGCUGAAUUCAUUAUUUACUAAAGCUUCAAAUCCUAUCUGUUCAAUGUAGCCUUGAGAGCUGUGAGAGAUACACAAUUUAAUGUUGACUUUUUUAACCUUUUUUUUUCCAUUUAGAUUAAAAGUCUCCUCUAAAUGAGAGUCUAACAAGAGCCUUCAGGAGUGGAAUUGUUGGAUUUGUCUGGUUGUUACAGGCGAGCUUUUGAGAAGGCGAUGAAGUUUGUUUAUUGAGCGUUCAAAGCUGGAUUUAAAUUCAGAAAAGCUGUUUGUAAAGACUAGAUUACUGUACUGCGUUUGUUACAGAGGAUGGUAUCAUCAGCAUAGAGGUGUAUUUUUUAUUUGAUUUGACGUCCUUACUCAAAUCAUUAGAAAACAGAGAACAGAAUAGUCCCAAAGAUAGAACCCUGUGGGACACCUUUUAAAAAAAACAGAUUGCACCCCUCUGAGUUCAAUCUGUGGAAUAAUUUCUAAACCUGUUCAUGUCGAUGAUGCUCAAAGUGGAUGUCUGAUUGUCUCGGGACUCUCUGUGUUUCAUGUUCGCAGCUGCAGCCGCUGGCUCCUGAGGGCUCUCUGAGCUACAGUCACCUCAGCCACAGCGUCAGCAGCCACCUGGACUCUUCACCUGAGAGCAGCGAGGCCGGGGCUGAAAUCGCCCUUUCACGACGUGGUAAGAGGACGCAGGAGAAAUGUUUUAAGUGAAAAGUUUUAAUCCAGUGUCACAGGAAAAACCACAAAAAGUAAACAUUUAUAAGCUUAUGUGCUUUAAUUGUUGGACUUUAAAACAGGUUUUUGUUCUCAAUGAUUCAACUUUUAUGUUGGACUUUCUCUCUGUAACUCAUAACUCAAAUAAAUUAUACAAACUUGUUUAAUUCUUUUCUCAUUAAUUUUUACCAGCAACAAGCUGUGCUCAUUAAACAGGAUGAAUGAUUCUCUUUCUUCUGCAGCAGCACAGACACAGAAACUCUCCUUUGUUUCCACAGAGCGUCAGCAGAUCCUAAAAGGCGUCCAGAACAUCGUAGUGAAAGCAGCCCGGCGACGCUCCAAAGCCUUGGAGGUGGACGCCCUUCGGCUGAACCUCCCUCCCUCCCCUCUGGACCCCAAGAAGCAGAAGAGCAGCCUCUCCCUGAGCGAGGCUCCCCCUGCAGGUCUGCAGAUGCGACGCGGCAGGCAGCCUAGCCCCGAGCUCAGGCACGCCACGUCGGACGAUAACCUGUCCAGCAGCACAGGCGAGGGGUCCAGCCUGCAGGUGACCUGGACACGGCCACGUAACCGGCAGAUCAGCAACAAGAAUCAGACGCCGAGAGACGUGGAUUUCGAGGCUCGGCGGAAGAAGAGGCGGUCACGCUCUUUUGAAGUCACCGGUCAAGCUGUGAGUAUCUUGAAGGAAAUGCAGGUUAACAAAAACCUUUUCCAUGUUUCUGUAAAUUCAGAAGACCAAAGAGGAGGUCACUUUGAGAGCUGUAAUUUCUCGUCUUCUCACUUUCAGCUGCCUCAAACCAAAACCACCGCCGCUCAGAGGUUUCGCCCUCUGGACAGCACAUCAGACACUCACCUGCACAACAACACUCUGCCCCAGGCCCCCAUGCUCCGCCCCCAGUACAGAGGAGUCCCUCCUCUUGCCAAAGUCAGAGCUCCCCUCAGCAGCCAGCAAACAGGUAAACAGCCGUCUGUCACUUGACUAAACCUCGAUCCUUUUUCAUGUUCUUGGUAUUUCACUGUUUUUUCCUACUGUCCCCUCACAGGCUCAAACACAGACUCCGUGACCCACAUGAGUAACCUGAAGCGAGGGCCUCAGCUGCGGCAGCCCCAGCCCCUCCUCUACAUCACCACCACAGGCACCAGCAGCCAGCGCACACGCAGACACUGAGCCGCCCCGCACUUAAUUCUCCAACACCAGCACUAACAUCUACACCAGCCGAGCCUAGAGGGUUGAAUGAACAGUUAACCCUCGAGUGACUGACUGACUCCAGGCAGGAUUGUGAGCCUGCAACAUCAGCUGAAAACCCGUCGACUCUGUGCCUCACUGUGGACGCAGAGCGCGACGCGAAGAUCGCUAGGCGUACAGUGCAUGUUCUGCUUUGUCAGGUGUUUCCACUUUAGCUCGCUGUCACGCUGAAUUAAAGUUCCCGUCAAGUCAGGAUGGUGUCAAGCUCGGUACGAAUGCAACACUGUAGAAAUGUUUGUGAUUUACUGUGGGAUUGUUAGAUUUCAGUGCUUGUUACUGAGGCCAGAAACUGAAAAACGAAGCUCAUGUGGAUUUUGCCCUUUGAUUGAAGGAUCUGUAAAAAAAAAAAACUCUGAAAACAACAGCACACAAACAUUUGAACACAAGCCUUUAUCCGCUUUAUUUUUGCGCACUUCUGGAUUCACACUUAAUAUUUUUUAAGGUCUAUGCCUUUUCUUACCCAAACAGGACAUGUCUGCCAUGUCUCCUUGUGUAGAUGUAUAGCACCACAGGUUGCUUUUUCCAAAUUAGCUCACUGUAUUUUUAAGGAAUUAUUUAAUUGUUGCCUUUUAUUUUAUUUCAUUGGCAUUGUUUUCAUAAUUAAUACUUUCUAUGCUUUAUUUUGUACAUUUUUUUAUUCGUACCCAAAAUAAAUUUCAACGAGAUAAA